GUCCCAGUUACCCAAGCCUUUACAUUUCUCCAGUUAUAUUCAGUCUGUGUAGGGGGUAGUACACAAUUUCUAACUCAAGAAACGUAGAUACUAACACACAGUCACGGAAUGGCGCCAGUUUUGAGGUCGAAAAGAUCAACCCCAGAUCGAACCCAACCCAAGCCCAAAAUUAAACAGGAACAUGUGCAUUCGAAUAUAAUAACAGAAGGGAUGAAGAGCGUAGGCGAACCAUCGCCAGAUAAUGUUAAGGUCCUUGAAGCGCCCAGAGAAUUGAGAUAUUCUGAUACUUCGAUUUCCAGUAGCCAGGAGAGUAAUCCUCCUGCACCACAGCAAGCUAAUAACCGAAUAGGUUUAAUUUAUUCUAACCAGUCAACGGACCAAACGCAGAGCGGUUUGAUGAAAGUUUCAUCUGGGACUGAUUUGAAUGGCUUCAAGUCGUUAGCUACAGUGUCGGUGAAAGAAAACCCCUUCGAAAACUUUCUCCAGGAUAUAUCCGUGGCCCACGGCAGUAAGCCCGUAGAGAAUCUACAGGAAGCAAUGGAUAAAUGGCGUAUAAUGACACCCGAGCAAAGAGGAGAAUUUUAUGCUGAGAACUAUGUCCUGAAAUUAUUUAACCAAGUGCAAAAUCGUGAUGAUAUUUUUAAUGCUGUUGGGUUUCACCCGGAUAAUGAUUUACAAGAGGCUGUGGUUUAUGAAGGGUGUGAACUUUCAGAAGCUCGGUUCAGUAAUGCGAAGGAGCACAUGCCAAGGGUCAAGGUUGAAACUAAUAUGAAGAAGACGACCCUAGUGCGUAAGCCUGUUAAGCGGUUGAAGACGAAAGCACGCGGAGUGGAGACCCCGAAAAAAUCACCCAAAAUACAAGGUGCUUCAUCGGUACUGGCUCGUCGCACAAGUAGCGUCCCGGCCUAUAAAAGUUUCCAUCGCAAAAUCCGGCAAAGCAAUCCUGGCUUAUUAACCGUGGAGGUCGCCUCUUUAUGGCGUAAAAUGGCCCCAUCCGAAAAGGUUUUCUAUCGAAUGUCCAGCAACAAUUUCAUAAAAAAGGCCCAAGAGGAGAAGAGGGAAGUCACGAAGCAAGUGAGAUCCAAUACCAAGAAAGUUUCGAAAUUGCCUAGUCCAAGGCGACAAGUAAGGAAGCGGAAAAUUUCACGAUCUACCCAGGCUCCCGAGAAUGCCUUCGAUGACUCGGAAAGCGACUCUGAUGCUAGAGGUGGGCAACUCCAAGUUUGGACAGGAAACAUUUCAGGAUCAGGGCAAAGUAGGCUCUCCUGGCCGAGAUUUGAAUAUUUAUCAAAGGCAAUAGACAAAGUAAAGCAUUUAUUUGACUAAGUAUCUGCUUCCAAAUUUUAAUUAUAAAAUAUUUGGUAAUCAUAAAAAAAUGUUUUUUACAAAAUAUAAUAAAACACCACAAAAACUUAA